UCAUGCUACAUGCCCCCACACGGCCCAAUUAUAUACAGUUGGAUGAUCCAUGUACAUAAUCAGAUAAUCUUCUCAUCCCCAUCUCCACCACAUAUUAGCCUGCAAUCAAACAGAACCGAUUAGCCUCUCUCUUACGCAUUCUUCUUCUUCCUUUUACAUAACCCUCGAUCUGCCCCAAAAAACAAGACAAAUUCGUUUCCUCAUAAGUGAAAAGCAUGAUUCUCUUGAGACCUUGUAAGAGCUUCCAUCAGUCACCAUUUCUACCCAACUCUUUAAAGCUCCAAUUACGAACAAAACAACCAACCAAGUUAGCAGUUGACAGAAGAAAACUUGCCGUUAGAGGAUGCAGCGGACAGGAAGGAGAAAAGAAGACCGAAAGGAGAACUUUCUUAUCCCUUGAGGAAGCCGGGUUAGUAGAAAUAUCCGGCUUAGACACUCACGAGCGCUUUCUAUGCCGUUUAACGAUAUCGUCACUGAACCUACUAAGAGUGAUUUCGGAGCAAGAAGGGUGUUCAAUUGAGGAUCUGAAUGCUGGGAGAAUAUGUGAUUGGUUUUUGAAGGAUAAGCUGAAAAGAGAGCAAAAUAUAGGGUCCGCAGUGCUUCAAUGGGAUGAUUCCGAGUUACCAUUUUGAGCUUUUUAUUUGUUUUCUAUGAGUUAAUAAAAAUGAUUUUGCCCAUUAAUUAAUUCAGUACUUGGAGGAUGCACGUACGGUAAGUAUUUGUUCUAGUUUUAUUAACACUAAUCAACAUACUUCUUGCCCAAUUAUCCUUAUUAAGGAGGGCUUAUGUAGUUAUUGGUGAUUUUGUUGUGCGAUCGAUGUAUCACCUUGGAAAAAUUGGAAAACAAUGCAUGUUCAUAAUA